UGGCGCAGCCUGCAGGGUUGCCCGCCGGGGACCGCCCUCCAAUGGCUUGGCUCGGGAGAGCCACUCAGCCUGAGCGUUUGGACUUCGAGCAAGAUCGCCUGGUUUCCUUCCGCGCCUGGAAAUUGAGUAGGACUGCGAGACGCGGCCACCAUCCAGAGGCUGUGCGCCGUCCCGAAGCUGACGCUGCAAGAUGCCGUCACCACAUGCAGAGCGGAGGAAGCCGCGGUGAGAGAUGCUUCAGAGAUCGUUGGAAGCCAGGUUAGUGCCUUCCAGGUACGUGACUCUGACGGAGGCAAGUGUGAUCGGUGUGGGCGUCCCAACCACAGGAAGGGCUCAAAAUGUCCAGCUCAGGGCCAGACAUGCAGAGCUUGUGGGGGUAAGAACCACUUCGCUGUCACAUGUAUCAGACCUACGCCGCACAGGGCUAAGCCAGGCAAGAAAACCAACGUCAUGUCCACAGUCAUAUCCAGCAACAGCACCCGUGGGCACGCACCCCGCAUAGAUGUCCUAGUGGAGGGUCCAAAGUUCGCCGUGGUAAACGCCCUGCCCGACACGGGAGCAGAUAUAACGGUCGCUGGGACAGCACUUCUGGGGGAGAUCGGCGCUAACGUGUCUGAUUUGAAGGCGCCACAGGACCACCCGAAGUUAGCUAACGGUCAGCCAGCACAAUCGAUCGGCUCGUUGCCGAUUAGGAUCACUCUCGAUGGAGUAGCAGUUGAUGAUGAUGUCCACAUUGUUGAUGGUGUGUGUGGAUUGCUGCUCUCCUGGCGUGUGGUAAAGGAUCUUGGCAUUGUGCCAAAGUCCUACCCCAGGCCACAGAGAUCUGUCAUGCCGUCUGUCAAGCCACCGGUGCCCCCCAAACCUGUCGUGCCUGCCGUGCGUACGGGGCGAGCGCCCCCUGGUGGGGGAUCUGACAGUGCCGUACCUCCAGCCAGGUGUGCGCUCGGAGGUGACCCGCAGUAUGACGUCACCAGCGCAGCCCCCGACACCACGCAGAGCAGCAGCAGCCUGCCAGCUGACGGGACACCUGCAGUCGGAGCUUCACAACCGCGUCCGGACGCCUUCAUGCAGUCUGCUGCGGCUGAGCGCCAGCGUCUGGUCGACGAGUUUCCUGAGGUAUUCGACGGGAAGGUCAAGCCGCUCCCAGGUGAGAAGUUUCACAUCUCUCUGACCGACGACGCUAAGCCGUUUUGCGUAUCGGCGCCCAGGAGGGUCCCCUUGCCGCUCAAAGAGAAACUAAAGGCCGAGCUAGAUAAACUCGAGAGUAACGGCGUGAUUCAGAAAGUGACUGAGCCCACUGAAUGGUGCGCGCCCAUAGUUGUAACGCCCAAGAAAAACACUGAAGAUGUCAGGAUGUGCGUGGAUCUCUCAUUCUUGAACAGAUAUGUCCGUCGCGAGAGAUAUCAGCUGUCCACGCCCGCUGAGUGCGUGGCGACGAUCACCCAGUCUCAGGCGGGAGUAUUCACGACUAUCGACGCCCUGAAAGGUUAUCAUCAGUGCGAGUUGGACGCUGAGAGUCAGCUGCUGACAACUUUCAUAACCCCGUUCGGGCGCUAUAUGUUUCUGAGAGCGCCGUACGGCAUCAGCAGCAUAUCAGAGCAUUAUGACCGCCGCAUGUUCGAGUGUCUUGAAGGUCUCACCGGCUUUCAGCGUGUCGUCGAUGAUGUGAUCAUAUAUGAUCGCUCCCCAGAGCAGCACUAUGACCACGUUCGUCGCUUUCUACAGCGGUGCUCUGAGAGGGGCAUCUCCCUCAACAAGGAGAAGUUCGUCUACGGCCAGCGACAGAUCCGCUUCGCCGGGUACGAGGUCUCCGAGGACGGCUACAAGAUCGACACGAGCCUGACCAGAGCGAUCGCCGAGUUCCCCACGCCUGGGAACGUCACAGAUCUUCGCUCCUUCGCCGGCCUCGUCAACCAGGUAGCGUCGUUCUCGCCCCGAGUCGCUGAGCUGAUGACGCCGCUCCGACCUCUGAUGAGUACACGUAACGAGUUUCUGUGGCAGCACAGUCACCAGGAGGCGUUUGAGAAGGCACGAGCAGAGUUGUCAUCGCCUAACGUACUUGCCUUUUACGACCCGUCUCGACCCACGUCUCUCAGUACCGAUGCCAGUCGUUUACGCGGAUUUGGCUUUGUCUUGUCUCAGUUGCAAGAUGAUGGCACAUGGCGUGUUGUGCAGGCUGGAUCCAGAUUCUUAUCUGAUGCAGAGACGAGAUAUGCGGUCAUUGAGCUUGAGUGUGCGUCUGCAGUGUGGGCCAUGCAAAAAUGUCGACCGUUCCUUCUCGGGAUUCAGUUUGAACUCGUCUUGGAUCACAAACCCCUGAUCCCGAUUUUCAGAUCGAAGCGACUUGACGAGAUUGAAAACCCUCGCCUUCAGCGUCUCCGGUUCAAGGCGUCGGAGUACAACUUCACCGCCAGCUGGCGCCGGAGUGAGGAACACCAAGCUGCCGACGCGCUGUCAAGAUCGCCCGUCGACCAGGCCGUGGCGACGGAUGAGGUGGCAGAGGACGCCGGCAGCCCGGCCAUCAACGCGCUGAUCACCAGCGCCAUCUCUGACAGCAGCACGAACAUAAGGAUGGAUGAGGUGAGGCGUAUCGCUUCAAUUGACUCUGAGUAUCAACUGCUUGCAAAAUACGUGAGGGAAGGCAUGCCGAACCGCAAGCAUGAUUUGCCUGACUCAAUCCGUGCUUUCUGGUACAAGCGUGACAGCCUGACUAUUGAUGACGACGUAGUCGUGUGCGGUUGUCGUCUGGUGAUACCCCGUGCUAUGCGCCACGAUGUUCUCACCGCACUUCACGCAGCUCACCAGGGCCAGGAGAAGACCAAGGCACGUGCCCGGCUAAUUGUGUAUUGGCCCGGCCUGGAUCGUGACAUUGAAAAUGUAACACGCUCGUGCCAAGCCUGUCAGAACGAAUUACCGUCGCUUCCCAGGGAAACGCACCAGAGACACGCACCACCCUCACGCCCGUUCCAGAUUGUGUCUGCAGACUUCGCAGAACAUGGCGGGCGGAAGUUCCUCGUGGUCGUUGACCAUUACUCUGGUUGGCAGCACGUCGCGGACCUGGGGAAGACGUUUACGGCAAAGCAGACCAUUCGAUCUGUUCAAACAAUGUUCUGCUUCACAGGCGUACCUGACAUCUGGUACUCCGACAACGGCCCGCAAUUCGCAUCGCGAGCCUUCCGCGAGUUCCUGCGCGACUGGGGAGUCGAGCAUCGGACCUCCUCCCCCGGCUACCCCCAGUCCAACGGGAUCGCCGAAGCUGCCGUCAAAACCACCAAGCGGAUCAUUCGGCGGUGCUGGGAUCAGCGCUCCGCGUCCAUCGACCCGGACAAGUGGACCCGCGCGAUCCUUCAGUACCGCAACACGCCUACUGCUGGAGGACGAUCGCCAGCUCAAGUCCUCUUCGGACGCCCUGUACAAGAUGCCCUUCCCGCGCACAGACGAGCGUUCGCGGCUGAGUGGCAGCGCGCCGCCGAGAUCGCCGAGACGGCCGCCGCCAAACGACAGGAGAAGGUGGAGGAGAGGUACAACGCUCACGCGAAGGAUCUGCCCAACCUCAGCGUGGGAAACCAGGUGGCUGUGCAGAACCAGGUGGACAGGAGGUGGACGGCCUACGGCGUCAUCGUUCGUGUCUGCCCGAACCGCAAGUACCUGAUCCGUCUUCUCAGCGGAAGAGUCGUUUGUCGGAACCGACGACACAUCCGCAGGCGCUACCCGCACGUCACGCCGUCCGACUUCCCGAAGGCGGACUCAGGAUCCGAGACCACUGUGCCGUCGCGCUCCGGCACGCCCGUACCUCCGCAAUCGGCCACGUCUGGUACGCGACAGCCGUCGCCGGCCACCGAACCAGCUGAGCGGCCGGUAGCGAAUCCGCUCCGUCGCUCGAGGCGACAGAUUCGUCCCCCGAGACGACUCAUUGAAGAGAUCUAAGACUGUCGAGUGCUCGCGUAUGUUUUUAUGUUUUGCGUCAAACUGUGAGCUUCGUCCGAGUGUGGACUUAUGUAUCUGCUAAUCGCGACGAGUGUGUAUUUUUGUUUCGCG